AUGAUUUCAGGUGGAGGAGGAGGAAGAAGUUCAUCGUCAUCAUGGGCACCGACGACCUCAGUUUCAGCUUCGGGAAAGAGAAUUCAAAGGGAAAUGGUUGAACUCAACAACGACCCUCCUCCUCAUUGCUCUGCUGGUCCCAAGGGUGAUAACCUCUAUCACUGGAUCGCCACCAUUAUUGGUACCCCAGGAACACCUUAUCAAGGUGGCAUUUUCUUCCUUGACAUAAUAUUUCCAACUGAUUAUCCCUUUAUGCCUCCCCAGGUAGUCUUCAAAACGCGCAUUUACCACUGCAAUGUAGAACCUGAUGGCCGUGUUAGUAUGGGAAUAUUGAAGGAUGGUUGGAGUCCAGCACUAACAAUUACCAAGGUGCUACUUGCAGUUAGAUCAAUUUUUACAAAUCCUGACCCUUAUAAUGCUGUUGUUCCCGGCAUUGCUCACUUGUAUUUGGGAGACAGAGCAAAACAUGAUGAUAUUGCUGCAGAGUGGACAGUUCGUUUCGCCAAGUGA